GCCCUCUUGCCGCAUCCGCAAUGAGCUGUGGCCUGGCUCUCGCCGCGGCGCCCUGCCGCACCGGUCUGCCGCUGGCGUCUCGCGCCGUACCCAUCGUCGCUAGCCUGCAGUCCAGCGUCGGAGGCGGCUUCGUGUCCGCUGCCGUCAAAAUGGGCGAGGGAUUGAUCGCGAAAGCGAUUCGCUCCCCUCUUAUUUCCGUGGCGGCGCUGCUGCUGCUCGCGGUGCUGGCGCUGCUCAAGGAGAAGCGGGCACAGGCGGCGCUGAUCGAGAGCGGAGAGGCAAGUCUAGAGGCAGCGUGCAUGCUCGGCGACGAGGACAGCUGCCGCGAAUACGACGAGGGCGUGCAGGCGACGCCGCGCUGGAAGCUGGAGGCCGCUCUCUCGAAGCUGCCAAACACUAACGUGCUGGGCAACAAGCUCGCAGAGUCCCCACCUCCGAUGGGGUUCACGUGGGGCAAGUCCUUCUGAGCCCGGCCGGCGGAGCGACUCGCGCCGUCGCUCCGCAUGCCGCGAUCCGCGCGCCGAACGCGAGAGAGAGCACCGGGGCGGAGCCUCGUACCCCGAUGGAACUGAACAAAAACUCUUAGUCGAGUGGGUAGGUCCAGCGAUGCUAGCGCGCUUUUUUGGGGACACUGUAGUCACAUGA